AUGAGCAUCUAUGAACACCAUCAUCACUCUCCACAAGACUAUUCUUCUUAUCCUCCCCCUCCUCCCCCUCCUCAAGGAUAUGGACAACCAUACCCAUCACCUGCACCACAAUAUCCACCAUCAAGUUAUGGAUAUCAAGGUUACUUCAGUGAUGAUCACUCUGAAUAUCCUCAUCCUGCACCACCACAAGCUUCUUCAGCUGAUCAAGUGUAUUAUCAUAGACAUCAAGAUGGGGCUGCUUCUUGCAUCUCAUUCUUCAAAGGAUGUAUGGCUGCCCUGUGUUGCUGCUGUGUCCUUGAAGAGUGCAGCUCUUGCUUCUGA